CCUCCUCUAUUUAAAUUUGUGCCUCUCCCUCGUCCAUUGGAUCUAAAAUUUGGUGUUGGGAUCAUGUUCGGGUUUCGAUUUUGCCCAUUAUUCCAGCCUUGGCCCCUUUGGUUGUUAAAAUUCCGAAAAUUUCCAUUGCCUCGGUUCGCUUGGUUCCAUGUCGAGUAACGGUUCGAUUGUCCCCUCCAAUUUCCUCUAUUCCCUCUAUUCCAUUGGUUAUCUCUAUAAUUGUUAUUUUGGCGAUAAUUUUGGCCUUGGCUGUUUUGCCCUUCUCUCAUAUUCACAAACUCCCUAUUUCUAUUGGCUCUAAUCUCAUUCACCUCCGCGAGCGUUGCUUUCACCUCAAUCUCUUUUGUUCGCCUCCAAACAUCAUCUUUGAGAGAGUUUGUCAAUUCCUCCACUCUUUUAGCUUGGGUCACGGCCUCCGCCAGCGAAACUGGCUCCUCCAUAAAAAUCACCUUCUCUCUUAUCUCCGGUAACAGCCCCGCUCUCAGCCGAUCUCUACACUGCUCGUCCCUAAACCUCUUAGCCAUUUCUUCGUGCUGUC